CAUAAUCUCCAUACUCUUUUUGUUGCUCACACAAUCAGAAAACCAAACAAUUGAACCAUCUCCAAGUGUAAAUAAGACAAAUCCAAUAACCAAGUGUCUUGAGGUUUUGGAGAAAACCAAGAUUUCAUUCAUCAAAAUCUUCACUAAUCCAAAAAGAUGUUUCAAUUCUACCUUGGUUACAUCUGCAAUGUUUGCAAAUACAAAACCUAAGCCCCUACUCAAAGCCUAUUAUAGAAAUCAAUAUGUUUUCAAGCUUACUACCAUCUUGGGGCUCAAGCUUAAUCUACCUCUUUCUCACAGUUUGCACAAUCUUUGUCAUUCUUCAAUGCUACAAGCUCAUCCAAAAACAAUUCUUCCCCUCCGUUUCCCACCGAAACAAUCAAAUGCAGCUUCCAAUAGACAACAGUCUCGGUGAAACUCCAUGGCACAUUCAUAGCGUCGGCUUGGCUUCUGCUGUUAUUCAUUCACUUCCAGUCAUUCAAUUCAAAGAGGAGAUCAAGAAAGCUAAAGACCAAGAAACAGAAGAUUGCGUCGUUUGCUUAGGAGAGUUCAAAGAAAAUGAAUGGUUGAGAUUGCUACCGAACUGUGCUCAUGUGUUUCAUGUUUCUUGUAUUGAUACUUGGUUCAGAGAUCACUCUACUUGCCCUCUUUGUAGAAUGGGUGUUCUUUAUGAUAUCAGUACCUGUAGCUCAUCCCUUUCGCCUGUUGCUUUGUUGGCGAGCUUACGAAGAGAAGAUCCUGGUCAAGAGAGAAUGACAGGUCACCGUCUUUCGGAGGAUCUGCAUGAAGGAUCACAGAAUUAUAAGGGAGAAUCCUCCAUGGGUGAUAGAAAUGUACAGACUAUAGAUGCUCCUGAAAGUCACACAUUAAGCAAUGAGAACUCAUAACAAAGAGCUGAAAAGAGACUACAUUAUCCAAUAUAUUCAUACAAUCAAAUCGUUACAAUUGUUCCCAUUUAUUGGAUAAUAGUCAGAAGAAAGGAACAGAUGAGAAAGAGUUUCUGUAAACUCGGUGUAAUAUUUUUUGAAUGCAUUAAUGUUCUCUACCAGCGACUCCAUAUAAAUAUCAUCUGAAAUGAUCUCCUUUUACCUCCUAUCGGUUACUCGUGUCAUUAAAAAAAACACCAAAACAAAAGAUCGCAUGAUAUGAAAUUUUUGCUCAUGUGUAAGGAAUAGUUUAUAUGUCCUGCGAACUUAUUUUUUGAAGUAAACAUGUCCUGCAAAUUUGAAUAUCGAACAAAUAAACAUGUCCCCAAGAUCACAAGAAAACACUUGAACACCUACUUAAUCAUAGAUGUCGAGUAUCACUAAUGAGACACGUUGAAACAUUGUCAUGUUAGAAUUUAGAUGCGA